GCCUACUCUCCUCCCUCUAUAUCCUCUGCCUUCACCUUGCGUUGAUCAAAUGGAAUCCUCCAACAGUAGUAUUAGUGUGAGUUUGAAGCUCCUGGUUGACACAAAGAAUCGGAGAGUUCUCUUUGCUGAAGCGAGCAAGGAGGUUGUCGAUUUUCUGUUCACUCUCCUGUCUUUGCCUAUUAGCACUGUCAUUAGGCUCCUCACCAAGAAUGGCAUGGUGGGUUGCUUGGGCAAGCUCUACGAGAGCGUAGAAGAACUAAAUGACGCAUACUUGCAGCCCAAUCUCAACAAGGACUCCCUGCUGAAACCACAGUCAACAGUUGCCGGAGCUAAUAUUCUUCACUUGACCUACAAUGACUCUACUGCUAAGAAGUUCUAUGUCUGCGAUUAUUGCAAUCGCAAUAUUUCCAAUAGAUCUGGGGUUAUGUGUCAGAAUGGGAACUGCAGACCUUACAACCGAAGCAUAACCACCGAGGUAACUUACGUUGCUCCACCAGAAGCAGCUGGUGUCGCGUCCAGCGAGGAAGGAUAUGUUAAGGGUGUUGUUACAUACAUGAUAAUGGAUAAUUUGGAAGUGAAGCCUAUGUCUACUAUAUCAAGCAUAACUGUGCUUAACAAGUUCAAUAUUAGGGAGGUUGGUGCCCUUGAAGAGAAGGUGGUCAGUCUUGGCAUGGAAGAGGGCUUGAAACUUCUGAAAGCAUCUUUGGAGUGCAAUGCGGUUCUCACCAAAACGUUUCUCGGUAGCAAGGCAUGAUGUUACUAUCGCCCCUUUCGGAAUGCUGGAUGCUCUAAUAUGUUUUUGUCUUGAUAAGUAUGAUCUUGAGGAAUCUCUACAAGUGAUUGAAUGUGAUGAGUAUUUUGGAUAUCACUCUAUUUUUGUUUGUCUUUGUGGCUUCAGAGUAUGAUUUUCUAAUAUGUGAUCAAAAAUUCAGAUUAGAUUCUCAAAUCACAAUAACCAUCUUCGAAACAUGCACAUGCACAACAAUAUUGAUACAAUUUUUCUCAUUUUUUUACACACGCUUACGAGAACUUAAAUACCCUAAUGAUUCAUUGUGAUUAUAAAAUUAAAAGAAAAUCUCUUGAUAAACAUCUAUUAAAUUACAUGUAUAAAUAUUAGACUUUAAUUAUUUCCGAAAUAGGGUGCGUUGAAUAAUUUUCGGUGUUAUAUAUGAUCUCAACUUUAUAUAGCAUUAAUCGUCGAUAAAUUCACACCACCGACACUGGAUUUCUUAUCCUGUAAGUAUAUAUG